GGAAGUCCGUGUCCGAGAACGACAUACGGUUGGUGCUCCCGAUCCGCGCUCCGUUCGCCACUCGAAGUGCACCCGUGUGAGUGUGAAUUGUUUUGCGGAAAACGCCCGUGUUUUGGCCGCAUUUUGUGUUCGAAAACUGUGUUCCGGUCAACUGUAAGCGGUUUGUGUAGUUUUUCUUUUGCAAAAAACGACCGCAAACCUGGUUUCAAAGUUGGCAACUGAGGAGCCUUUUUCCGAAGGACCUUCGACAUUUACACAAAGGGAGCACAAAAGGGCAAAGCAGGCGGCGUCGUUUUUCUGCAGGUUCACCCGACAUUCACGCUUCAUUUUAGCAAAGCCAAACAUCGGCAACACCGAACCCUUUGGUCGGUAUCGAGAAUCAGUUCACUAGCGAACGUACCGACGUGCAGAAGUGCCACAGAGAACCGCGCGAUUCGCACGUUCAGGAAUGUAGCCAGUUCGGUUCUUCGCAAAAGAGCACCAUAAGCUGGCACAACAUAUUAGAAACAAUCUAAGGCAGUAGAUUAAAUCAGUUCUUCUCCUAAGUUAAGUUGCACAGCCACGGGACACGGGUCAAGCUAGUGACAAACUUUUCGAAUCUGCGAGUACCUUUUGCGCAAUCAUGGUUCAACCAUUUACCAACAACCUCGAGGCCGAUGGAGGAGGUGCCCGACCUAUAACUGCUCCGUUGCCGACGGCUCCUCCUAUGGAUUCACCAGCAAACGAUGACCAGUACGUGGACUUCCUGGUCCUGGGCAAUAAGGCCAACUUUCAAGUGCGUGCAGAACGGAAAGCGAUCCUUGACUCCAACACCGGUCUGGCACAUAUGCUAUCCAGUGGCGGUGGCGGUGGUGACAGCAAGUGUGUGGUGCGCGAUGUUAAUCGGGAUAACUUCGAGACAUUUGUACGUUACCUCGAGACCAAGUUUAUCAAAUUCAACUCGACAACACACACACUCGAGAUGCUUGAACUAGCAACACGUUUCCAGUGCCGCCAGCUGGAGAUUCACUGCGCGAAGGAUCUGGAUCUCAAUCUGCGCGUUAACCACGUGCUGGAAGUGUAUCGAGCGCUUUGGUUUUACUACUCCAUUGCUGCACCAAAAGCCCCGUCCAAGGAGGGGAAAAGACGCUCCCGGUGUCCCCGGGCAAGCAAAUCGAACACGGUCAGUGGACCACUGACACCGGAGGAAUAUUUUGCCGCACUGCUGAACAACUGUUUGCAGCUGAUCGACAUGCAUGCCGAGGAAGUAUUCUCUCAGGAGGCCAUGUUCACGUUGCGCUUCCCGGAACUGGAGAUGAUCGUAAAACGGGACGCACUGCAGCUGUCCUCUGAAACGGUACUGCUUGAUGUACUGGCACGUUGGAGCCUCGAAGACUGCAAGCGCAAACACAUCGAUCCCACGGCUGAGAACCGUCGACGUGCACUCGGGGCGCUCUGCUAUGCACCUCGAUAUCUCACCAUGUCACGGCGUGAAUUUGAUGCCGCCCGGGAACGCAUCGAACUGCUCGACCCAGCCGAAUCGCAACUCGUCGGUGACAUACUGACCGGCGGCAUGCGACGAUCCGCAGCUAAUCUUACGCCGGAACAGGAAACACUUGUCGCCCGGUUCCGAGCACCUCGGCCCGACUUUCCGCUGCUGCCGGUACAGCUCAGUGCCCGCAGCCAUCCGCGCAACUACCCGAAAAAAAUGCGCAAGGCUGCUGCCGAUGCCGAACGGGAACGGGACGGUCCAAAGAAGGGUUGCUGUAAUCGUCUGCUGCUAAACUGCUGUUCCGUGUUUGCAUGCAUUUUCGACUAGCGGUGCUGCCUGUAGGGACUGCCGAGUACAAAGUGAUGAUGAUCUCCCUUUCUUCAUGAGUAUACAAGGGGGCGAGGGGGUUUUAUUAAAAGUAAAACAGGAGAGUCCAUGAAUCUCUUUUCGUUAGCCGCUGUGCGUGCAAAUUUCAUAGACAGCAGGAGACUACGAUCACCAACGACCCACCGAAAAAAGGUAUCUCACAUCUCAAGGAACCACAGCCCUACAGCGGCAUAAAACGCGACACCCUUAAAUGGGGGACAGUCCGCCAUAUCGUAAGAAAUCUCUACCACGAGCUGAAAGACAGCAAGGAGAGCAAACGGACGACAGCUGCCUUUGCUUAGUUACGACAUGACACGCUUUGAUCAUAGCAACUGUAUUAUUAUUCUGUUUUUGUUAACGUUUUUCUUCACCACUGUUUUUUCCACUCCUAUUGUUGUACUCGAUGUGUAUCGUCCAGCUACAUAGUUCCAUAUAUUUGUUUUUAAUUCGUUGGUAAAGUCGAUACUAGCGUUAGAAAAAAUAUUAGUCCUUAUAAUGAUAUCAUCACGAGGGUUAUGGUUUAGAUGAGUUCUAAGCUGCCCACAAUUGAUCGACGGUGUGCCCUUACGUGACUACUAUUCCUGUUGAAUGUAGUAUAAAUUGCGUAUGAGAGAGACAGUUUGAAGAUGUUAUGUGUUUUAAAUUUAAACCAAUUCGUUAUCGUGAAACGACAUCCGUAGAAGAAGUGUGUAUUAGAGAGAUUGCUAAAGGAGAAGUUCAAGCAUAGUGAAUCGGGAAUUGCUUCAGAGUAUCAGUACAACGUAAAUUCUACAACAGCACAUACACACACAUUUGUUUACAGUUAUCGUCGGUAUUCUAUCCCCGCCAUAUAAUGCUUCUUAGUGCGCUUCUCUCAAUAAGCAUUGUGUUAUCCAAACAUUUAUAAAAAUACCGGUUAUACAACAUCGUUCGAUUAUAAUGUCGUUCCGGCAGUGUAUACUAGAGAAUAUAUAAGUCUUUAUGCUUGCAUGUUAUAUAUUCUAUCGUUAGACAAAUGAUUACACCGUGAGAGCAUAGGUACCACCAAUCACUAUAUUAGAACCGCAAGAGAGAUGAUCAUCUUGCUCUUAGAUCCAUUCGUUAGGUGAUCAUGAAACAGUGAGAUGUUCUACUGCUCGUGCACUAUCAGUUUGCUUUUAACAAAUCAUAGUCAUAUAUUAUUCCGUUCUCGAGCUUUUUAAGAAACCCAUCGGUUCUGAAAGCGUGUGUUAUUAUAUGCUAUGCAAUCAUGCAGAUUUUAAUCAUUAGUUUUGUAAAGCAAAGGCAUGUUAUUAUUCAAUGGACAGGAACAAAAUAAAUACAAAUAGACAGGGAGACAAAACUGAAACAAAACUGCGUGAAAAUCACGCAGCUUUUAUGUGAAAACCUGUGAAGAAUUGGUGUGUAGAACAAACCAACAAAAGUGUAGCUGAAAGUGAACGUAAUUUGUGAUUUGAAAAACAAAAAAAAACAAAAAGAAAAAUUUAUAAAACGGAAGCAGAACGUCAAUGGAAUAGAAUGGAAAUUUUAACAUAAUCGUUUAUAAUUGAAUUUUACGAUUUAAAACAAACUGUUUAUCGUCCCGUUUUGGUAACUUUAUUUUUGUUGAACUAUCUAUCCUAUUGUUUAGAUUCAGCUAAUCCACAGGCUUACCUAGCGUGUAAACACAGCAAAGCUAGCUCGAAACUAUGAGACCAUUUUGGCAAAACAAUGUGGAAGGGAAGGAAUGAUCGUACUUUUUCCUUGUGAUCGAUAGAAUCUUUUUCCUUUUUUCGGAUAAAAUAAAAUAGUUUUUUUUAAACUGA